UCUAACCAUCCGGCCUCUAGGUUCAUUGACUACGGGUGUGCAGUGGGAUAAUUUGUAGCGGCAGCUUUGGAACAGCACGCGUCAUCCAUGAACGAUCCUAAUCGUGAGUAUGAUCAUCUACUUCGAUCGUUGUUUGCAUCAGGGCCAGAGAUCUGGGAGGAUGAUUAUGCUGCCUUAGUCGAGGCUGUGCGAAUGGGUGACUGGCAAACUACGAGAGAUUUCCUUGAACUCCACCCCCAUGCAUUGACAUCAAGAAUCACAUGUGAAUUAAUGGGUGGGACGGUUCUUCACGUUUCUGUUAAUGCUGAACAUGAACAUAUUGUGGAGGAGUUGGUCAAUAUGAUUUCGGAACAUGAUUUGGCAAAGCAAGAUUAUGACGGGAAUACAGCUCUACAUCUGGCAUGUAUUAGUGGGAAUUACAGGAUGGCAGAGUGUCUGAUUACAAAGAAUUGGAGCUUGGUCAGCAUUAGAAAUUCUGUAAAUAAACUUCCAGUUAAUCUGGCUAUGGCCAAUGGGCAUAAAAAAUUGGCUCGCUAUCUCUAUUCUCAAACUCCUACUGAAGAUUUGAAGGCACAUGAAGGCAGCUUUGGUGCUUCACUACUCAACAGCUUUAUCUAUAACAGAGAUUUAGAUAUGGCUUUGGAUUUAAUGGAGCGUUGUCCUAGUUUGGCUUUUGCCUGCGAUCGAUCAGGUAUCUCUCCUUUGGAGGUAUUGGCUAAUAAUUCAACUGAAGCACUCGAGAGUGGAAAAGGGAUGGUGUUUUGGAAACAAUGGAUCUACAAUCACUGUAUACAUGUCGACAUUUCAUGUGUUCGUGCUGCCGAUCAAUUCCGUUUGAACAUUAUGCAAAAUAAUGGUCAAGAAAAAGCUAUCGGAUCAGUGCGAGCUGAUCUAUGGCGCCAACUAGUUGCAAGUCUCCUGAACCUCUUGGGAUUCAAGCGCUUAUAUGAAAUGAAGUUGGCCCGAACUCAAUUCCAACUACUUCUGUCUCUUAUGUCUAAAUCGGUAACAACUUUUGAUAUUAGCUCAAGAAAUCGAUAUAUAGGGAUUAUUUGGUCCGCAAUCCCCCAAGCUAUCAGAAGCGGGAACUUUGAAUUUUUUGUUCAUAUAAUCAAAGAAAAUUCAGACAUUUUGUUGACGACUGAUGCUGAAGUAAGAAGGACCAUAUUCCAUUGGGCCGUCUUGCAUCGUGAACAUAGGAUCUUUAACCUUAUAUACAGCUUGAAAAGGAAGAAUGAUCUACUAAAUAUGGUAGAUUACCACGGAAAUACCAUAUUACAUAUGGCAGGGAUGUUAAUAGAAAAUACUCCUCUCGAUAGCAUAAGAGGAGCAGCUUUUCAACUGCAAAGAGAACUUCAAUGGUUUAAGGAGGUGGAAUGCAUUUGCCCUCUCUCUCAUAAACAAAUGAUAAACAGGGACGGUUUUACUGCGAGACAAUUGUUUACGAAAGACCACCAAGAUAUGAGAAAAGAGGGAGAGCGAUGGAUGGACACGGCAACUUCUUGUACUGUGAUCGGCACUCUCAUCAUUACCAUUAUGUUCACCGCAGCAUUUACCAUUCCUGGUGGUAACAAUCAAGAUACAGGCUUGCCAAUCCUCGUGCAUGACAAACUAUUUAAACUUUUUAUAGUAACUGAUUCUCUGUCAUUAUUUUCUUCCUCGAUUUCAGUAUUGAUGUUUUUAGGAAUCUAUACAUCACGUUAUGCAGAAGAAGACUUUCUUAGAUCCUUGCCCAGAAAGAUGAUUAAAGGUCUUUUCGCACUCUUCUUCUCUAUUGCAACUAUGAUGAUAGCCUUUUCUGCUGCUCUUUUACUUAUGUUACGUGAAAAAUAUUGGACCAUUGCUCCUAUCAUUGGUUUGGGUGGUGUUCCCAUUAUUCUAUUUGUAUUCAUGCAAUUUCGCCUUCUUGUUGACAUGUUUGUUUCAACCUAUAGCUCAGGCGUCUUUGAUAGAAAAAUGAAGCUAAUUUGGUUUUAA